CGGUCAAAUAUUACUUGGCCGUGAAGGAAACAGAUGACAUGACAUCUAUGGAUGGAAUUCCAUAUAACGAACGUAUAAAAUACUCUUUGAAACAAGACCAAGACUUGGAGAUAUCAAGUCAAAUAAAACUUUAUUCCAAUGGUUCCAUGCUUCACUGCAGUCCCCAUCAGGUUGCAUGGCAAGACUCUAGUAUUUAUAGAAAUCAAUAUUAAAUCCCAUAUACAAUUGUGUCAAAAACAAGAUAGAAUGGUGUUCAUGAUAUACCUUUCGAUUUUCUUACAUGCAAUAGCAUUGCUAUUAUGCCCUGUAAUACUUGCAAAAAACCAUACGGAUCAUCUUGCACUUUUGGCCAUCAAAUCAGCCAUCUCUCAUGACCCACAACAUGUUCUUGACUCAUGGAAUACCUCUCUCCAUUACUGUCAAUGGCAAGGUGUUACAUGUGGUCGUCGGCAUCUCAGAGUCACUAAACUGGACCUUGGGUCUAGAGGCAUAGUUGGUUCCUUGUCUCCUCAUAUUGGAAACUUGAGUUUUCUCAGCGUAAUUAGUCUCGAGAAUAACACCUUAAAAGGUGUAAUCCCGCCUCAAUUAGGUAACUUAUUCAGGUUACAGGAGCUAUAUCUCAUGAACAAUUCUUUUGAAGGUGAAGUUCCAGCCAGUUUAUCAAACUGCACCAGACUUGAUGAGCUUUGGUUGUCUCGCAAUAAGCUAGUUGGAAAGCUCCCACACCAGCUUAGUUCUCUAGUGAACCUCCGGAUCAUAACCUUUCAUCGUAAUGAUUUCACAGGAGGGGUACCGUCUUUCUUGGCAAAUCUCACUUCUCUUGAAUCCAUAUCGGCUGGAAAUAAUCAUCUAAGUGGAAGCGUUCCACAUGCUUUAGGUCAAUUGCACAACUUGCAGGAAAUUGGUCUUAUGCGUAACCAACUCUACGGUAUGAUCCCUCCAUCCUUAUACAAUUUAACAUCAUUAAGAAUUCUAAGUUUCACAGAUAAUCAACUCAGUGGAGAUCUACCAAAAGAUAUCGGGUUGCGGCUACCUAACAUUGAGCGAUUCCAGUUACCAGGAAAUAAAUUUACAGGAACCAUUCCGUUCUCAUUUUCUAACUGUUCAAAUUUGGUAGAACUUACCUUGUCAGCAAACCAUUUCACUGGGAAAAUUAACAUAAAUUUUGUAGGAAACCUGUCUUUGUUAGAUGAAUUGCGUCUGUUAGAUAAUAGAUUAGAAGGACAAAUACCAGCAAAUCUUGGUAACUGCGGGAGAUUGGCAUCAUUGUACCUUUCGGCGAACAAUCUUACUGGCCCAAUACCCACAGAGCUUUUUCAGCUAUCUUACCUGUCUAGAGUUCUAGAUCUUUCUCAUAAUCGUCUUGUUGGACCACUUCCUCAAGAUAUAGGAAAACUCAAAAGCCUGACAACACUCGAUAUGUCACAUAACCUUCUGGUUGGCGAAAUUCCAUACGGCAUUGGAAGCUGCUCAAGCCUAGAGAACCUAGAUAUGAAAGCCAAUUCUUUUCAAGGUCUAAUACCUCUCUCUAUGAGUGCUUUAAGAGGUCUCAGAAACCUUGAUCUUUCUAGUAACAACCUCUCCGGACAGAUUCCAAGAUUCUUGGAGCAGUUAAACCUGUCUUCAUUGAAUCUGUCAUUCAACAAUUUUGAAGGGGAGGUACCUAUGGAAGGUAUUUUCAAGAACGCAAGUGCGUUCGCAGUCUAUGGGAAUAGUAGGUUAUGCGGAGGCCUUCCUGAACUUGGCCUACCCAAGUGUGCCAUGUCAGCAAGAUCAAAAAAACGUUCACAUGUCUCACGUGUUAUUCUAAUUGUCAUCCCAGUUUUCUCGUUCCUCAUUAUAGUAGUGGCGUUGUCUUUGUUGUUCUGUUGGAAAAGAAGAACGACACAAACGCCGCCAACUGGAGCUUCAUUUAUCCAACCAUUUUCAAGGGUAUCUUACGGAAGCAUACUCAAAGCCACAAACGGAUUCUCCCGACAGAACCUAAUCGGGAUUGGGACUUUUAGUAAAGUAUAUAAAGGUAUCCUUGAACCAGAUGGUGUCACGGUUGCCAUCAAGAUUCUAAAUCUUGAAAAUCAAGGAGCUUUAAAGAGUUUCAUGGCCGAGUGUGAAGCUUUAAAAAACAUAAGACAUCGUAAUCUUGUAAAAAUCAUUACUUCCUGCUCGUCUGUUGAUUUUCAAGGGAACGAUUUCAAAGCUCUUAUUUACGAGUACAUGCCAAAUGGGAAUCUCGAAAGGUGGCUACAUCCAAGUUCAGAACACGAAACUGAGACCGAAGAAGCUCCACGAAGAUUAAGCCUUCGCGAAAGAGUAACAAUCGCAACAGAUGUGGCGCAUGCCAUUCACUACCUCCACCAAGACGGUGAGACACCCAUAAUUCACUGUGAUCUUAAACCAAGCAACAUUUUACUGGACAGUGACAUGGUUGCUCAUAUUGGUGAUUUCGGGCUAGCAAAGUUUCUUCCAUUAAAACCACACCAAAGCAGUUCAAUUGGAAUAAGAGGCACAACUGGAUAUGCAGCUCCAGAGUAUGGAGUUGGAAAUGAGAUGACAAAAGAAGGGGAUAUCUACAGUUUUGGGAUAUUGUUGUUAGAGAUGAUAACCGGAAGGAGACCAACCGAUCCUAUUUUCCAAGAAGGGUUGAACCUCCAUGGCUAUGUGAAGAUGGCGUUGCCUGAUCGUCUCAAGGAAAUCAUUGAGCCGACGUUAUUGUCUAUCGAUGAAGAUCAUAUGGAAGCUACAGGCAUGAAACAUGGAUACCGUAUGGAUGAAGCAAGAAAGUUGAAGAGAUUGGAAGAGAGUAUGAUUUUGUUAGCAAGAAUUGGGUUGGCAUGCUCCAUGGAGUCUCCCAGAGAAAGAAUGGAUAUGAGUAACAUGAUGCAUGAGCUGGAUAACAUUUAUAAAAUGGUUCAAAACACUUCAACAGCAUCAAGGGGUGGUGGCGCAGUUGGCUAGCGCGUAGGUCUCAUAGCUAUUUGUGUGUUAUCCUGAGGUCGAGAGUUCGAGCCUCUCUCACCCCAUUCCAUUUUUUUAGUAACUAUUUACAUAGAAAUCGUGAUCACAUGGGCAACAACCUUUGUAAACGAGUCUUUUUAUGAAUUUAUCUAAGAUCUUUUAUAUAUAAAAAAAUCAAUUUAGGCAUUUUAUAUCUCUGUAAAAAUUUUCUUUCAAGAACAAUGAUUUAACAUCAAAAUGAACUAAAAAAU